AUACAACGGAACAUUGUUGAUGAGCACAACCCGUUGUCUUUCAAACCUUGUCUGUGCCUAUAGGCCAACGCUCGACCAAUCAGCGCAACUGACUGUGACGUAGUAAACGCGACAGAAAGCUGUGGGAGGGGACUGUAUGUAAACAAGUGAAGCAACUUCAGCAUGGCUACAGCCUGCCUGUCCAGUGAUGUAAGCAGCGCAGUGUAUUACUAUAGCGUUUUGAGAUGGAGUCGGACUUUUGUUGUCGUUUGUGCCUAAAAGACAUGCGAGUUGCCGGUGUACUACAACACUUUACAAAACUGUUCCAAAGUGCAACUAAAGCUUCGUCGGUUGCGGAAAGGUUGCAGAAAAUUGGAGUGAACGUCUCGAAUACACCGAGGAAGCCCAAUCGAGUCUGCCGAGCGUGUACAACGGUGUUAAACAGACUUGAAAGAGAUCUUCCUAUUUAUCGGAGGUGGAUUGCAAACGAGGUCGAAGAAGGUGCCUCCGCAGAAUCAACAGGUGCUGAAAAGCGAGCUCGGGAGCCUACUCCCUCGAAAACGCCGAGAGACUUGAAGAAGCUCCGCCACAGUACCGAAAAGCCAGAGGGAUCUGUCGCUGCUCGGCGGAAUAUAGCCGAGGCCCCAAUCAAAGGCUCAGUUGGUGACUCAAAGGAGGAGUUGAUAAGGAAAUAUUUGGUCAAAAGAAAAUGGAGGGCAGCAGCCAAGUUGAUCAUGUCACAUAAAGAUCUGGCUGAAGAAGUCAAAAUCCAAGUCCUGGCGAUGGUACAGAGUGAAUGCAAGACAUUAUGCAACCCAUGUGGCGACUUCAUGUUGUGGCGUUCAUCACCCGAAGACCUUAAAGUCUUCUCAUUUUCCAGCCUGGAAUCAGACCUCCUGCGUCUAUCACCAUUUCUGCUGUCUGUCUUUUCAACCAUCUCCAACAACUGUCGACCCGUCACCUGUGCUGCCAUCUCAAUAGCACUGAGGGGAAGAUCACCCCGGAUGUCAGCGUUUGCACACUACGUAAACAAUGUUCUACAUUAUGGUGGUGCCAAGAAGGCAGUCUUUAGCAGACUAAGUAAACUUGGCAUCACAACAACUCACAACAACUCCAUUGUAAAGCAGAAAGAGAUGGCAGGUACAUAUGCAGAUGGUCUGUUGGUGCUAAAGAGGCAGAAUGAAGCAUUCCUGGCAGAGCUUAACAGUACUGUCAGUCCAGGAGAGGAGAACCUUGACACGGUACUCAGUGAUGUCUUCGGAAGCAUGGAACAGCUACAGUUGUCAGAGACUGCAGAGGAGGCAGGUCCAAGCCACGCUGAAGGCCCGGUGCUGGACCAAGAUGUGAGGAUAAGCUCUCAGCCAUUUCCUGAACAACAAUCAACUCCACCACAUACAUACUCCAUUGUACUUGACAACUUGGACUUUUUCAUGCACGCACACCAUCAAUCAUCACGCCACAGCAACCAAUCCAUCCACUGGAUACACCAUACUGCUGUCCAGGAUCGAAUUCCCAUAUAUCAUCUGCCCAUUGACAAGCCGUGCGUGGAUCUUCUUCAGUAUGACUUGAGAGAGUCCCUCCCUGGACCCGACACACAACUUUUCAUGCGCAGAGAGUUCAUUGUCCUUGGCAGCCAAAUCCUCACCCAGUAUCUGGCAGCUUUCAGACCAUUUUCCAGAGUGGUACUGCGCCACAUCCCACACCAGUACUCUGAAGAAAUGUCACAGCCUUCAACAGAUUUCCCAUUAGGGCUCAUUUUCAAAAAUGAAAAUAAGACUUCUGACCUGUCCGAGGCACUCAGACACAUUCAGCAGAAGUAUGUUCCAAACUGCCCCGAGGGUGUCUCCUCAGUGUUGGUAGGAGGUGAUCGGCUCACUGAAGCCAACUGCAGAAAUAUACAGUGGUCUUUUGCAGAGGGACCUGAUGAAAAGGAUAUGAUGGGAAACAUGGUGUUCAUGUUCGAGGACUGGCACGCCAUUAGAGUACUGUUUGAAAUCCACUUCAAACUGUUCUUCAAUGUGACAUCUGGCAAGGACCAUGGGACACUAUGUGCCAACAUGACAAAGUUAAGCCACAAUGGACGAGUCUGGAUGCAUCAUGAACUUGUGCUUUCUGUUGUGGGGUUGGACAUGCACUUCUGCCAUCAUGAAAAGCAGAGUCAUCUCCAGGGAAGGGGUUCUAUGAAAUUAACAGGAUGGUGCAGCAAUGCCAAACAGGGUCCCCAUGGAGCCUUCAAUGCCUACAAACAUUUUGUCAUCACUGACACAACUGCUUUGUUCCUGGCGGCUGCCAUGGAGCAGUUUGGGCUUCAGGAUGUUGCAGAAAUCCCGGAUUCCUUUGUGCCGGACAACGUUGCGUCCGGAACACAAGAAAUGAAAAGAGACUGGCUCAGUGAGAAGACAGGCGAGGUGGUGGACAAGUUCAUCAUGUUUUGGGAUGAGCAUGUGGUCAGCGAAGUCCCUGAGAGGCCGAAGAAGCAGUAUCCAUGUAGAGCUCAGGGAUGUAAGCAGACCUACACAUACCACAAAUCAAGAGACAAACACGAGCUCAAAAAACACAACAUGGUUGUUUCGGACACACCAGCACCAGCACCAGCAUCCCAAAACGAUCACAAACAAGCACACAGCAUGGCAAGGCUGAGUUUCAGUUUUUUUCUGAUGGACAUGUUGGAUGCUGUCAAAGAAGGUGAUGGGGGCAGACUGAUGCGGCUUUACAAGGUUGCCCUCCUGUUCUACAAAGCACAUGGACACAGCCACUAUGCCUACAGCACUUUUCUUCUGACAGUACAGCUAAAUGCAGUUCUGAGUCCACGGAUGGCCCACAGCGUGACCUGGAACAGAUUCUGGAAUACCAGGGGAGGGAGAGGGGUCAACAUACCCCUUGAUCUACACUUGGAACACCUAAACAACUUCCUGAAGUCGUUUCUGAAGGGUCAGGGUCCUAAUCUGUCUGAGCGCUCUGCAAGCCGGAUCAGUCAGUCAUUGGGUGUCUUAAAAAACAUGAUGGAGAAGGUUGAUGAGGAGUUGAGCAUCAAAAGGCCAACUGGCACCCAUCGCGCCACUCAGGAAGCAGACGAUGUGCUGACUCUGGUCAGUGUGUUCACUGAGGGUCGGAUUUUUUCUGAUAUACCUGGACGCUUCUUUCAUGCCUUCCCUGGUUUCCACAAGAAUCCACUUGUCAAACUUCAAGACCAAGACAUAUGGCAGUGGAUGAAAGACAAACUGGAUGAGUGGAGCUGUUUAAGACUCUGAUGUGCAUACCACAGCAUGUUUAUUUCUAUUGUUCAUGAUACUAGUGCAUAAUGUCUUUCUUGUAAAUAUUGUAUAUAAUCUUUUCUUGUAAAUACUGUGCAAAGUUUCUUUCACACUUUUCUACUAGUCUAUAUAGUUUCAUUGUAUUGUAAUUUAAUUGU